UGUAAUUGUAUGUGAAGUGCUACAUGUUGUGUAAUAUCUUCCGAGAUCAAAGUCCGUGUUCGAAUCUAAACGUGCGUGCCCUUGAAAAUCAACAAAGAUGUGGCCGGAGGUUUGGUUUCUUUCUUUCAACUGGUAAGUAGACUUAACCGUUACACAGUCGGGAUUAUUUUGCAUCGGUAUAAAAAAUUUGCAGUGAUCAGGCGAAGCUGGGACUCGGCCGAAGUGGUGGUCAGUUUGUCGUAAAAAAAAAAGAAGUAAAAAUUACACAUAAUUUUCCGUAUAUUCGAAGCAGUGCCUUCAUUACCGUUGUAAUUUUAGUACUUUUAUUCCCAUAAAAACACUAUCUUUUCAAACAGCAAAACAUUGACAAGUAAAUUCAAAUAGGUGCGAACUAAAAUUCAAGAAGUACACUAAGGCUCCCGGUUGAACUAACUUUGCAACUAAAACGUUCACUAAUUUUUUUGUUUUCUUCAACUGGCCACCUCACGGAUCUUUUACGCUGCUGUUACGUGGAAGAAGUGAACGAUUAGGAGUGGAAGGCUAGGUAUCAAAGCUAUUACAUAAUUCCAUGUAAGAUAUGGGAUCGUAGUUAUGAAACACAGCGCGGAUGACGAGAUAAUACAUCAACAAAGUGGAUGCCCAACUCUCGGCAAUACGUACGACUUUAUUCGAUCUUCGACAGUGUUUUUGACAAGACUUGUAUUCGCGGAUUAAUUUUUAUUCCGGACUAAUAAUAUACACUUUACCUGAUACUAAAUGAAAUUUAUUGUGAAAAUCGUAAAAUUAUAAAUACUUUCCUUAUCAGUGUGAAUGUUUUUCAGUGCCAUAGAUUAGGUUGCUUUAAUCGUAAACAGACUGCAGAAUGAACCUUAUUGUAUCACAGUGAUUCUAGUCGAACAUUUUUUCCCAAAUUCUCAACGGCCAACGUUGAUCCAGUGACAUCAACAACAGUAAAACCAUAACAUCUCAACUCCGUACUGCGUUGAACUGAAGAAUAUUCGAACCCUGUUAACUUGGAGUUUGAUUUUUCAGCCAUGGCACUUCGCACCCUCUUCGUAAUAAUUAUGACAGUUUGUCUAACGGACGGAGCAAGAAUCCUAGGGAUAUUCCCAUACCAGGGAAAAAGUCACAAUGUAAUGUUCGAGCCCCUGAUGAUCGGACUGGCGAAAGCCGGCCACACAGUCGACCUUGUCAGUCAUUUCCCGUUGAAAAAGCCGGUGCCAGGAUUGAACCACAUAAGCUUGAAAGGAUCACUGCACUUCUACGUAAACAACGUUACAGCAUCUUCAGCUCGGGGGUACAACGGAAUCUACGGAAUGGUACAUUCCGUUUCAGUAAAGUCAGCUCUGGACCUUUGCAAUCUCAUGCGACUUCCUCAGCUGCAGAAUAUCAUAAACACAGACACGAAGUAUGACAUCAUGGUGACUCAGGUCUUCGGGAGCAACUGCUACCUUGCCGUAGCUCACAAGUUGAAGAUUCCAGUUGUGGGGGUCGUAACCAGCGUUAUAUAUCCAUGGAGUUACGGUCCUUUCUUCGGUGACGCUAAUCCGAGUUUCAUCCCGUCUCAGUUGGGGACAUUCACGAACGAGAUGAGCUUCGUCGAACGCGUGCAAAACACAAUAGAACAUUAUUACGCAAAGUUUCUAUUCCAUUACUACGACAGAACAGUGUCCGAUCCAUUGGCAAAAAAGUAUUUUGAUGAUUUGCCACUGUUAAAUGACUUGUACAAUAACAUGAGCUUGCUGUUGGUCAACAGUCAUCUUAGCAUUCACGGUGUUCGCCCACGAAAUCCUGCCAUCGUUGAAGUGGGAGGUCUUCACAUCGACACGACUCAAGUACUUUCAGAGGAAUUGGAAAAGUAUUUAAAUUCAUCAAAGGAUGGUGUUGUCUACUUCUGCAUGGGAACGAUGGUCAGGUCUGACACUUUUGCACAGGAAAAGAUACUAGCUAUCUACGAGAGUUUUUCUGCACUUUCUAAUUACAAUAUCCUCUGGAAGAGUAAUGCUGAAGAUUUGCCAAAGCCAUUUCCAUCAAACGUUAAAGUCAUUCCAUGGGCACCGCAGUACGCAGUUCUCAAUCAUCCAAAGGUCAAGGCGUUCGUGACCCAUGGAGGUUUGAUGGGAACCCUGGAAGCGGUACACGCCGGAGUUCCCAUGAUUGGCAUUCCGUUUUUUGGAGACCAGGCAUUUAACGUGUUAGGAUACGUACACAGAGGAUUCGCCGUUCACAUCGACUACGACGACAUCAACCAGCUGACAUUUUCCAAAGCUCUGAAUGAGGUACUGACAAAUCCAAUGUACCAAUCGAAUGCUGCACGUUACUCAAGACUUUUCAAGGAUCGUCCUUUGUCACCGUUGGAUGAGGCAGUCUUUUGGAUCGAAUACAUCAUUCGAAAUGGAGGCGAGCCCCUCAGGUCUUCGGCUCUUCAUCUAUAUUGGUUCCAGUAUUACUUGAUAGACGUUAUUCUGUUCUUGCUAGCUGUACCAACGCUGUUUCUCCUGAGUUUAUUCCACGUUUUGAAAAGAGUUCUGCGUACUAACAAGGGUACCAAAACUCGCACCAUUCAAAAAAAGAAAAAAACUUCAUAAUACUGGAUAAUUGUAAUUUAUGCUUAUUAUUUAUCUGUCAAGAUCUUUGUACUGAUCAUUUCUAUAAAAUGCUUGUUAAAAAUAAUAAUUGCAAACUGUGCACAAGUGUCUGAUUUCGGAA